CUCUCAUUUAUACUGCUGGCUUUCGCCGCUGUGCUGAACGAGAUUGUGUUGUCAUUCGUCCAUGAGCGUGUGCCCGAAACGCCUCCACUGCCCGAUAUAACAUUUUCGUUGAUACCGUACUACAAGGACGGUCUAAAAAUCUGCGAAUAUAUCAUGCUGGCUUCGUUCGCCUCCGUUCUGCUUUUGAUGCUCUUCCAUCGGCAUCGAUGGAUCAUGUUCCGGCGAUUAAUGAUGGUGGGCUCAUUGCUAUAUUUGAUGCGUUGCGUUACCAUGAUCGUUACACAAGUGCCUGUUGCCGAUCCGAAUUUCCUUUGUGCACCAAAAUAUGUGACCAAAUGCGUGACCAACGUUUUUGCGACGUUCUGGAAUGUGGUACUGCGUGGUUUGAAGAUGGUGUCCGGCGUAGGCCUAAACGUUCGUGGCAAAUACACUCUCUGUGGCGACUACAUCUAUAAUUCUCCUCGGCGAUGGCGUAUUUUGCACAUAUUCUCCUGGCUGGUCGCCCUCGUUGGUGUCGUAUUUCUGGUGAUCUCACGCGGUCAUUACACUCUUGACGUCAUUCUCUCGUACUUCAUCUGCACUCGAGUUUUCUGGAACUAUCACACAAUGGUGGCGCAUCCCACUAUUCGGGUCAGUAAGACAUUAUAUAAAGCUUUUCGCGUUCUGCGUCCUUUGGACGGCUCUGCCCUUGGAAUGGCUACCAACCAUACUCCACCGGGCCUUUAA